AGUUGACACAGCUUGACAGUUUCCUUUGGAAGUAAAUUUAAAAUGGCUGAAAAUGGUGCAGAUUGUCACUGUCUUAUAUACGUUUGCCGCCCAGCGAUAUUAAUUAAAAUGAUCUAGUUUUUGGAAACUUCUCGUGAUAAAGGUUAAAAACGGACACAUACGUAGGGUGCUGGACGAUGAAGUUAAGUCGCUAGUUUUGGAGGUAUCCGGAACAAAUGUCGGCACCACUUACAUAACAUGUCCUAUCAAACCCAGAGCAUCCUUGGGAAUCAAGCUGCCCUUUCUUGUAAUGGUGAUCAAGAACAUGAAGAAGUACUUCACGUUUGAGAUACAAAUUUUAGACUCAUCUCUAAAGGCGGAAAUAACCUUGUGAUGGAACAUUUAUUGAUACAGAAAAUCUAGAAACAGAAUAUUUCGCCGAAAAUAGAUGCAUUUACAAAUCUAUUAGAUAAUCGUCAAAAGCUGUCAAAAAAGAUGAUAAAGAUAUGCACAGGAGAUUUAGAGUAUCCAAUUUCCAGUCUACAACGAAGGUUAGCCCAUUUUGUACCACCAUGCCGAUUGGACUGAGCGCUGGUUGGAACCAAGUCCAAUUCAAUCUAGCAGACUUCACUAAAAGAGCUUACGGAUCAACGUAUAUGGAAACGAUGAGAGUUCAGCUUCAUGCCAACGUUCGAAUCAGAAGGAUAUACUUUACCGAUCAACUGUACUCUGAGGAUGAAAUGCCGACCGAGUUCAAACUGUUCGCCCCAGGUAGGAUGAAGAAGGCAGAAAGGAGAGCAUCUAAAGAUGAAAAGGAAGGAGCACGUGUACCACCCAAAACAUGCGGUGAAGAAGUUCCACCGCCACCGUCACCUGUUGAAGAGGAAUCACCACGGCCACCAGAUGAACAACCAGCUGAGGCAGCCGAAGCACCUCCUGCUGAAGAAGCCCCUGCUGAAAAAGCUCCCGCUGAGGAACGUGCAAAAUCACCAGAAGAAGCAGGGGCUGCGGAACUUCCGAUAGGAGCAGAGAUGGGCGAAGAAGGCGAAGUAGCUCCAGCUGAAGACGGUGAAGCUUUGGAAGGAGGAAAAGUACCUCCUGCAGAAGGAGGGGAAGGCGAACCUGCAGAUGAGGGUCCUGCAGAAGAAGAGGCUGCACCAGCAGCUGAAGGCGAAGAAUCACCUAAAGAAGGCGCUGAAGCCGCUCCAAGUCAGGAGCCCGCGACAACGGAGGAACCAGCAACAACCGAGGCUCCCACUGAAACUGCUGAUCCCACCGAAACCGGGACAGAACCAACAAGCACAGAACUUGCCACCGCCGACGAACUAGCUGCCACCGAUGAGGCUCCCACUGAAGAAGAAUCCAGCCCAGAAGAAUAAUGUGGCAGUGCCAUUGCUUUAUAUUUUUAUAUUUAAUACUGUUCAAUAUAUGUUGAAGUUGA